UACAUAAAUCUGUUUAAUUAUGAACAAUUAAGAAUCUUGACAUCAAAUAAUUAAGGACCCCUCUUUCAAGAUUUCCCAGAUCAUACAGCCUAACAAACAUAUAUCUCUUCCUUUUUUUUGUCUACUACUAAUUAAUCAGUUGCUGUAUUUAAGGUCAAAACUGAUUAAUUAAUGGAUAAUUUCCAUUCAAUGUUUCCUUUACAACAAGAUGAUGAUACUAAUUAUGAUUCCCAUCAACAGCUCCUUUUUCCACACGCUGAGACAUUUACCAAUCCUUCUAAUUUCAUAUACCAACAAGAUCUGGUAAAUGAUUUUGCUCCUUUUGAUUCAUUGGAGUUAGGAGACAACAAUCUUACAUUUAACAACUUCAAUAAUAACGACAAUCAGAGAGGGAAAUCAUCUGUUGCGUCUACUGAGGACAAGAAACAGAAGAAAGUGAUGCAUAGAGAAAUCGAAAGGCAAAGAAGACAAGAAAUGUCUACUCUUUAUGCUUCUCUUCGACAACAACUUCCUCUUGAAAAUAUUAAGGGAAAACGUUCUACAUCGGACCACAUACUUGAGGCGGCGAAUUACAUAGAACAGCUACAGAAGAAUGUUAAGAAUUUGGAAGAAAAGAGAAAAAAGUUGAUGAAAGAGUCAACUGGUUUAAGCAAUGUUGAUGGCAAUCCCAAAAGUGGAAGCUCAACAGCUAGAGACUCCUCCCCAGCUGCUAUUGUGACAGUAAAAGAAUGCUUGGAUGGCAUGGAGAUUUUGGUUAAUUGUGGUCUCGGAUUCCGCCUUUCUAGGGUUCUUCAAGUGUUACUUCAACAAGGCCUAAGCAUAGUGAACUGCAGCUGCACCAAAACAAACACUACAAGUGUACUUCACACUAUUCGAACUGAGGUUUCCAGUACUGAUCAGCCAAGGAUUAUUAAUGUGGACGUAAUCCAACAAAAACUCAAAGAUAUUAUUCAUGAUGAUACAAGUUUCAAGUGACUUUCCAUAGGAUAUAAAUGUUGUGUGAUCCUCACCACCUCAGGUUUUAUAUAUGCAUCUUUUUUUUUUCCGGAAUGAAGCUGAUUUUAAUAGAGUGAAAUUCAUGGAUAGUGAGGAUUUAUAUAGCCAGCCUACGAGUAAAGACAUUGUUGUUGUUGUUGUUUUAGUCUGACCUCGUUUUUUGUGAAGUCCUCGAGUUCAUUAUAGCUUCUUGCUUUUAGUCUCAGGAACUUAUAUUUCAUCCUGGUGUAUGUAACAUCAUGACUUGAAGACUUUAUUCAGUUAGUUCCAAAUUUUGCUAAUUUGUCAA